CAUCAUUCUCCCUUCAUCAAGUCUUCUCUCUUUUCUCUCUCUAUUAUAAAACAAACUUCACUCGUUCACAUCAAUGGAUCCUUGAGAAAGACAAACAAAUUGAAGAGAAAUAAUAACAAUUAACUCAACCAAAAAUAUGAGGAAGCCAGAGGUAGCCAUUGCAGCUAGUACUCACCAAGUAAAGAAGAUGAAGAAGGGACUUUGGUCUCCUGAGGAAGACUCAAAGCUGAUGCAAUACAUGUUAAGCAAUGGACAAGGAUGUUGGAGUGAUGUUGCGAAAAACGCAGGACUUCAAAGAUGUGGCAAAAGCUGCCGUCUUCGUUGGAUCAACUAUCUUCGUCCUGACCUCAAGCGUGGCGCUUUCUCUCCUCAAGAAGAGGAUCUCAUCAUUCGCUUUCAUUCCAUCCUCGGCAACAGGUGGUCUCAGAUUGCAGCACGAUUGCCUGGUCGGACCGAUAACGAGAUCAAGAAUUUCUGGAACUCAACAAUAAAGAAAAGGCUAAAGAAGAUGUCCGAUACCUCCAACUUAAUCAACAACUCAUCCUCAUCACCCAACACAGCAAGCGAUUCCUCUUCUAAUUCCGCAUCUUCUUUGGAUAUUAAAGACAUUAUAGGAAGCUUCAUGUCCUUACAAGAACAAGGCUUCGUCAACCCUUCCUUGACCCACAUACAAACCAACAAUCCAUUUCCAACGGGAAACAUGAUCAGCCACCCGUGCAAUGACGAUUUUACCCCUUAUGUAGAUGGUAUCUAUGGAGUAAACGCAGGGGUACAAGGGGAACUCUACUUCCCACCUUUGGAAUGUGAAGAAGGUGAUUGGUACAAUGCAAAUAUAAACAACCACUUAGACGAGUUGAACACUAAUGGAUCCGGAAACGCACCUGAGGGUAUGAGACCAGUGGAAGAAUUUUGGGACCUUGACCAGUUGAUGAACACUGAGGUUCCUUCGUUUUACUUCAACUUCAAACAAAGCAUAUGAAUAUUUUUACGUCAUCUUAUUCUUUUUUCUAUUGCGGUUUAUACUCAAGAUUCUUAGCCACACACACAUAAAUGCAAAUAUAUAUACAUUGUUAGAGAGUAUUUUGUAUUUCGAAUAAUCUUUUCGUACUAGGGCUUGAGCCUUGAGGUGCCAUGUAAUGAUUAGUCAAUGUAAAACAUAUAUCCUAUAAUAAAUAAAUAAAAGAAAUAAUAAGCACAUACAUUCUUUAAUAUAACAGGGGCAAACACUUGAAGAAUUUUGUAAUCAAGUAGC